GAGUGAGUGAAACUGCAUUUCAGGAAGUGUUAGUGUCACAAUUAUUUCUCAAUAUAUGUUUUGGAAGGUCCUGAAUGACUACUUUGAUGUCAUGAAACUAGUCAGCAUCCUCUGAAGUUGAAUGGGGGAAAUGGGUUUGGUUUCUCACAUUUACACUUUAUGUAAAUGAACGUUAUCAACAACUGCCCUGCUUUCAGUCCAGUCCAGUGUAAAACAUAUACUAACUACUUGCUACAAACCAAGUGUCACUUCUCUGAUGUUGUUCAGAUGUCUUGGUUAUGUUGCCUUAGCACUUUGCCCUUAUGUAUCUGCACCCUCCUUCUGGGCUUUUGCGUGCCUUUUAACAAAGAUAAAAACUGCCUUCAGCUGUUUCAGUGGGAGUGGAUAGGUCUUUCUUCUUUUGUAAGUUGGCCAGUCCACUUAGCAUAUGUAUCCACGACCCCCUCACCAUCUCUUUUAAUAAAAUCAACCAUUUUCCUGAAACCCAUCAACGUGUUAAGUAUUUUAAAACUAGAAGGAGUCAAUUAAAACUCAUUUACAGAUCCGACAACAAUCUGAAAAGGCUGCUUUACGAUGAUUAAAUGUUUAUUCCAGCGAGUCUCCCGUGCGUAACUGGAAACUUUGAACAUUUACGCCCCCACAUUUACCGGUGCUCUCCAAGUUGCGCUCGUUCUCUGAGAGUUUCUUUAUCAAAAUAUCCGACAAACAAUGAGAACGUAAAAAGGAUAGUUUCUUAUUUGAAAGACAUUACUUUCAACACUCUCUGAGGAUGUCACAGCGAACCAGGGCAGGAUUUUAUCGCGGGGAGAUAAACAGAACCGUUUGGGACGUGCCGGAGAGAUACAGAGAUCUCAUUCAGAUAGGAACCGGAGCAUACGGAACGGUCUGUUCAGCCAAUGACCAUAAGACAGGAGUGCGGGUGGCCAUCAAGAAGCUCCACCGGCCGUUCCAGUCCAGACUGUUCGCCAAACGCGCUUACAGAGAGCUGCGACUGCUCAAGCACAUGAAACAUGAGAAUGUUAUUGGACUGCUGGACGUUUUUACCUCGGAAAUUUUGUUGGACAGAUUUCAGGAUUUUUACCUGGUGAUGCCGUUUAUGGGCACUGAUUUGGGAAAGCUAAUGAAGAUGGAGAGCUUAUCGGAGGACAGGGUGCAGUUUCUGGUCUAUCAGAUACUGAGGGGUCUGAAGUACAUUCAUUCAGCCGGAAUCAUUCACAGGGAUCUCAAACCAGGAAAUCUGGCAGUGAACCAGGACUGUGAAUUGAAGAUCUUGGACUUUGGACUUGCACGUCAGGCAGAUUCAGAGAUGACAGGUUAUGUUGUGACCCGCUGGUACAGAGCACCGGAGGUUAUCCUCAACUGGAUGCACUACUCACAAACAGUUGACAUCUGGUCAGUUGGCUGCAUCAUGGCGGAGAUGUUGCUUGGAAGGCCACUUUUUAAAGGAAAUGACCAUCUGGACCAGCUGAGAGAGAUCAUGAAAAUCACAGGAACGCCAGUGCCGGAUUUCAUCAUGAAGCUACAGAGCCAAGAUGCCAAAAACUACAUCAGAGGUCUACCUAAAGUACCAAAGAAAGACUUAAACACUAUUUUCUUUAAAGCCCGUUCAGAAGCGGUGAGCGCUCUGGAGCGGAUGCUGGUUCUGGAUCCAGACAAACGCGUGAGUGCUGCAGAGGCGCUUGAGCUCCCGCUGUUUACAGUGUUCAGAGAACCUGAGGAAGAGACGGAGGCCCUGCCUUAUGAUCACUCUAUGGACAACACAGAAAUGCCUCUCGAUCAAUGGAAACGACACACUUUUACAGAGAUCCUGUCAUUCCAGCCAUCCAUCACAGAGAUCAGGGACUCCAAAGAAACAUCCCUCUGAGUGAACGCAGAAAUACAUGUCACAUGUCUAAAUGUAUGUGAAAAGAAAAUGUAAUGAAUGUAAACUAUAUGACUUUGUAAGUAAAUGUAAGAAUUUGUCACAAUGUUGUUCAGUUAUAUAAGGUUCCAGAUUAUUGUAGUUAUGUGAAUUCUCUUUAUUAGAUGACUUGAAUAUGCAAAAUCCAUGUUUUACUUGCAACCAAAAAACAUUUUAUUUGAAUGCUAGUCUUAAUUUUUUCAGUGUGCCAGUAGGCUUAUG